GAUUCACUUUGUCACAUCAUCACCAUAAUAAUUAUGAUGUAUGUCCUAUGUGUUCUUUUCUCUCACAACAACCUUCCCAAAUCACCGGCCUAACUCCACAUGUUCACAAAUGGUUACCUUGUUCAUGUUGUUUUAGAAUGCUUAUUGGGACAAUAAAACAAACACUUUCCGGAUUUAGGUUGGAGUGUUAUUAUGUCUGCUUAUGGCCAUCAAAUGGAACAUUCUUAUUCUACAAGGAGUCUCUCUGCUGCUUCUGAGAUGAGGAGUAGUUUUGUGCUAGAAUCUGGAUUCUACAUCACAUCAUUUUCUGCAACAAUCUUCAUUGCUGGAUUUGCUACUCUUGGACUUCUAUUAAUCACUCUAUUGGUUUCAAUGGCAAUGAUGCUACAAUCUUGUCAAAAUAACAGUGCUGGAAUUCUUGAGCUUAGGAAUAUAAAUGAUGACUAUAGUUAUUGCAAAAUUCAUUCUCUGCAUGCUCAGCUCAAUCAUUUGGAAGAACAGAAUGUUCCUAAUGUUUGUAAGGACCUAGCUGUACAGUAUAUCAAAGGCGGUCAAUAUGCUAGAGACUUGGAUUUAACCAAAUCUGUGAUUGAGGAUUACUUCAAUGGUGUUAAACCAUCAGAGGAUGGUUUUGAUGUGGUGUUGAUUGACAUAGAUGGCAUUUUUCCAUUGAGUCCUCAUUCUUCCAAUUUGUUUCAAAGCAUUAGCAAUUGUAUCUUAGAAGCAAAAAAGUUAAAGCGCAUGGCUGUGUUAAGAUUAUACAUCAACCUUCAAGCUAGUGGUUGGCCUAUAAUCUUGUUCUCAAGAGAGCCAGUAAAAGACCAAAAUGUCACCAUCGAUCAUCUUGUCUCUGCUGGAUUUAGAGGCUGGUCUUCAUUGAUGAUGAGAGAAGGUGAAAAUUCUACCAAAACGAACGAGUAUAUUUCUACGCAAAGGAAUGCGAUACAGACAAAGGGCUUCCAAAUAAUAAGCAUCAUAAGCAGUCAUGUGGAUAUUUUGAGUGCUGCAUAUGAAGAUGCAGGAAUGCGAAAGUUUUUGCUACCAGACCCUAUAUGUGACAUGUUUGAGCAUCAAAUGAAAGCAUAGAUGCUGAAUAUUUGUUUCAUCCUACAGGACUACAGAGUUUUUGGUAUUUUUGUAAAUUAAGAAACUAUAUGUAGCUUGCUCUGUUCAUAUCUAUCAUUUGUAAAUUUGAUUUUACAUUAUAAAGUGCAGUUCACAUAAUUCAAAUUUCUGUAAAAGAGACCCAAUCACACACACAAAAAAUCUGUAUUUGAGCUUCAUUAAGAUAUGGGCUCAACCUCAACUACAAUUCAACAAAGUUCUCUA